GCACCGCGUGCGGUUUUUGCUCGGCCGUCGUCGUCGCAGUCGUCGUAUAGCGGUUUUUCGUCUCGUCGUCUUUUCGAAAUUUUCUUUUACCACUCGGCCGAUAAACACGUGCGAAUCUAAAGAAAAAAUAUCAAAAAUAUUGUACAUUGUAUUAAAAAAAAAAAAAAAAAAAAUACAUAAAUAUUUCUAAAACCUAUUGUGAAUUUCCGAAAAAUUGACAACACGUAUCGUUUAUUGUCGUCUUAAUUUUGGACUAAUCUCUCCCAGCACGAAAUCCGACAACCAAUUGGCCCGGCGAUAAAAAGAAGGCGUAUGUACGAUUAGCACGGUAUUAUAAUGCAUUGGAUGUAGCGAACAGAAUUGAUCAAAAUGUAUGGACAAUUUGUGGAAAUACGAGACGUGUAACAGGAAAUUUUUGUCGACUCAAUUAGUGCCUAAAUAAAGAUCAUUGUUGAAUAAUUAUCCAAGUGCAGUUAGCAUACAAAGCCGCUCAUUAUGUAGAAAUUUAAUCCUCGUUAGGCCAGGGCGCCCUGUCAUUUGGAGGCGGUGCCGGAACAAUAUCGUCAUGCAGCCGGCGUGACGGGCGGAAAUGCGGCGAUGACGGCGACCGCCAGCGUGACCUGAGUGGCCGGCCGGUUAUGCUCGGGUCGGCGUACCCGGAUGUCGUUUAAAUGGACGGCGUCAACGUCACGGCCGCAGUGUACGAGCACAACGAGACAGUGGUGUCGUGGCCGAAGAACGCGACGACCGCCGCCGGGCCGCCGUCAACGUACACGGCGCUGGAAGCGUUCACCAUCGGCUCCGUGCUGUUCCUGGUCAUCGUGGUGACGAUCGUCGGCAACGUGCUCGUCUGCAUCGCCGUGUGUCUGGUCCGCAAGCUCCGGCGCCCGUGCAACUACCUGCUCGUGUCGCUGGCCGUGUCCGACCUGUGCGUGGCCCUGCUCGUCAUGCCCAUGGCCCUGCUCUACCUGGUCCUCGGCAAAUGGCCGUUCGGCACGUUCAUGUGCGACCUAUGGGUGUCGUUCGACGUGCUGUCGUGCACCGCGUCCAUAUUGAACCUGUGCAUGAUCAGCGUGGACCGGUACUACGCCAUCACCAAGCCGCUCGAGUACGGCGUGAAGCGGACGCCACGCCGGAUGUUGGUGUGCGUGUCGCUGGUGUGGCUGGGCGCGGCGUGCAUUAGCCUGCCGCCGGUGCUCAUACUGGGCAACGAGCACUCGACCGUGGACGGGGUGCCGCACUGCACCGUGUGCCAGAAUUUCGGUUACCAGAUAUACGCGACAUUGGGCUCGUUCUACAUACCGCUGACCGUCAUGAUCACCGUGUACUACAAGAUCUUCCGGGCCGCCCGCAAGAUCGUGCUGGAGGAGCGGCGGGCACAGAGCCACCUGGAGAACAGCCACUGUUACCUGGAGAUCAGCGUCAAGAACGGCGUUGGCCCGGUCGAGUCGAAAAUCGCCGCCGCCGCGCCGGAACGCGGCCAACACGAUCACCGGGCCAGCAGCAGCGCCAGCACUGUGACCACGUGCAGUGGAACGAUAGGGAGCGGUGCACGCGGUGGCGACGGGUGCCGGUGCUGUUCGAUGGUACGCCGGUCGGUGGGCGAGUAUCAGUGCCCAGUGCUGAUGGUAGUGCCCAGCAACGGCCACAACGCAGGACGCCCGGCGGCCGCGGCCACCAAGAAACCAGAGUCCGGCGGCAAGAAGCUCAGGUUCCAGCUGGCCAAGGAGCGGAAAGCGUCCACCACGCUGGGCAUCAUCAUGAGCGCGUUCACCGUGUGCUGGUUGCCGUUCUUCGUGCUGGCGCUGGUCAGGCCGUUCCUCAGCGACCCGUCCAGCAUACCCAGCUCGCUGAGCAGCCUGUUCCUGUGGCUGGGCUACGCCAACUCGUUACUGAACCCCGUGAUCUACGCCACGCUGAAUCGAGACUUCCGAAGGCCGUUCCAGCAAAUACUGUACUUCAAGUGUGGCUCGCUGAACCACAUGAUGCGCGAGGAAUUUUACCAUUCGCAGUACGGCGACCCGGAGCCGCAGCACUCCACACACUAUUGCGUGAUACCCGGAGAGCCGAACAUCGUGCCGCACCACCCGUCCCCGACCAAACCGGACGACACGCGGACCUGCACCGAUUCCAAUCAACAGACAUUGGCGUCCGAGUCGUUCCUCUAGUAGUGAAUGGAUUAUCACGACCCCGCGAAACAGCGACACAACAAUAUUAAAUGAUAACAUAUUAUUCAUUCGGCUCGGCGGCGGCACGCCCGUAGCAGAAACGGUAGUUGCACUGUCUGGUGACGGUGAUGAUAGUCUAUAAUAAUAUUAUAUAAUAUUAUACAAUGAUAACUGUGUGUAAUCGUGCUGCGAGAUGAUAAUAUUAUUGUGUUUGCCGAUUUCAUUAGUUCGUUCGAUGUUUUUUCGAUUCUGUCCGCGUGGGACAGGCUCCGAGUAAAAAAUAAUGAUAAUAUACGUUAAACGAUAUUCCCCGAACGUCAAAAACUGCAAAAACGGUAAAACAUAUAAUAUAAAAUUCAUUAUAACAUAAACAUAAUAUAUAUUUAUAUACAAUUAUCUAUACAUUAUCUGUUUUUGUUGUUUAUGAUCGCGCAAUAAACACUUGAUUGAAAUUCGCGGUUUGAUAUAUAAUUAUAAAAUCAUGCCGGAGUUUGUCAUAAAAGUUUUGACCGUAUAAUUAUUUUAAAUUGUAUUACAUCAGAAACAUUUUUCGAUGUUUCAAUGAUCAUUUGAUGACAACGGCGUGAUCAAAGAUUUUAAACAACAUGUAAUUUAUGUGAAAAUGUAUUAUCUAAUUGAUUUUUUGUAGUUUGUGUCUUUCGUUGUGAUCACUUUGAUAUAACAUAUUUAUCCAUACGCAUUACGCUUAUAUACGUAUGCGUAGAUCCUAAAUUAUUUUCACUGAACUACUGUAAUAAAAUUGUAAUACUCUCAAUCAAUUUUAAUUUUUUGAUACUAUAUUAUUUUUAUCUUCUAUUCUAUAUUGAACAACGCAUUUGGAAAAUAAUAUUCAGCUACUCAUACUGUUUACAUUCAUAAGAAAAUAUGCAAAUGUAUUACGACAAUAUGUUUCCAAUAAUUUUAAGUAAACUUAAUAAUAUAAUAUCCAGAAUAUGCACUUCACAGACAACGAUAAGAAAUUAGACGCAUCAGAUUACUCAUGGAUACACAUUAAAAAAAUAUAUAAAACUAACAGUCACGAAUACCAUUUUCAAUAUCGAAAUAAGUUAAGUUACCUAUUGAUCUUAAACUAUAUUUUAUGAUAGAGAUACCUACUGAAAAUAUUUUGCUUAUUUAACUGUACAUUUUUACUAUCUGUUUUGAAAUUUAUUUUUAUGACUAUUUAAAAUGUACGAUGUAGCAAACAGUGCUCGAAUUGGCAAAAUUAAAGUAAGGUGAUUUUGUUUACUUUAAAAAAAAAAAAAAAAACGUCUCCAUUACUUGUUAAACGUUAUUGAGCUGUGGAGACUAUACCCACCACUAUCUUAUACCCCUUUUUAAAUCAUAGAAAAAUAUUUAUAAAUAAUCAAUUUAAAAAAAAAAAAAAAUACAUUUUAAUAUAAGACAUAAGUAAUUACUGUAGCUAUUAUAUUAUAUAUUAUAGUUAUAAAUAAUAAUAAACUCAAAAGGAUAACAAAAGUAAAUAAAUAAAAAACAUUUAUUUUUGACUAUUUGUUUAAAUAUUUCCAUAAAUGUAUUAUUAUUAGUAUUGCCUAUGUUGUUUUAUAUCUUCUAAUUGUAUCCUUUUUGGAUGACAUUUUCUUCUACAUCCCUUUUACCACUUAUUAUCCAAGUUUUUAUCUAGCUACUUGGUAUAAAUCUAUUGAUGGGUGGACCAGUAGAUAUCUACAUUUUACUAAUAACAAUAAUGAUAAUGAAAAUUAAAUUUAAAAAUAAUUAUCUUUAAAUCCAUGAUAAUUGAUAAUAAAUAUUAGUGAAUAAUGAUAAUAGUGGUAACUGAUAAUAUAUUACAUAGGUAUUAUAAUUUUAAUAAUUUAUAAGACAAAUCAUGAUAUGGUAUCACGCUCAUUAUGCAGAAUGGUGAAGCGUCUCAUGUGUUUCCCUUAAAAAUAAUAGUAGGAAUACAUAGAAAUUUAAUCGCAUUUUGGGUAGGGGGUAUAUUUAGAAAUAUUGUUGCAAAUUAGGUAUCUAUUUAAUACUUUGAAAAAUUUUCAAUAAUUUUGGAGGAGAUUUCGAUUUUUGGGGUAGGCUAAGCCCGCUCAAGCACCCCCCAAUCUUCGCCAAUGGGAAUAUGCUAAAAUUUCUGAAAAAUUAGUUGAAGUACUCCACCCCUCUGCAACCUCCUCCCCCAAAUCGAGCACUGGUAGCAAAUAAUAUAAUUCUUUAUUAACAAUAUUCACCUAAUAUUUAUGAAAUAAUAUUAUUGAACAUAUAAAUAAAAAUGGUAUUUUGAUAACAUAAUAUACUAUUUUUAGUUAUUUCGAAUUUAAAU